UCCCGGACUUUAGUAAGCGGCGGCGCAGGGAGGGCCGAAAGCGCUGCUGCUCUGCUCUAGUCCACGCCUCCUUCCUCCGCUCCGGUGAGAACCUCUGCGCCAAGAAGCGUUUGUGCUUUCAGGAGAGUACCUAGCACCUCCGCCGCUCUUCGGCCGGAGGUCUGGCCCAGGUAGACGAAGACACGGUUUCCUGGUGAGGCAGCCCCUCUCCCCUAGGUAACCCACACACCCAGGGUCUGAAGAUGCUGAGAUCAAUGUGGAAUUUUCUGAAACGUCACAAAAAGAAAUGCAUCUUCCUGGGCACAGUUCUUGGAGGAGUAUAUAUCCUGGGAAAAUAUGGACAGAAAAAAAUUAGAGAAAUACAAGAAAGAGAAGCUGCAGAAUACAUUGCCCAAGCUCGGCGACAGUAUCAUUUUGAAAGUAACCAGAGGACUUGCAACAUGACAGUGCUGUCCAUGCUGCCAACUCUGAGAGAGGCCUUGAUGCAGCAGCUCAAUUCUGAGAGUCUAACAGCUUUGCUGAAAAACAGGCCUUCAAACAAACUAGAAAUAUGGGAAGACCUAAAGAUAAUAAGUUUCACAAGAAGUAUUGUAGCUGUAUAUAGCACAUGUAUGCUGGUCGUUCUUUUGCGAGUCCAGUUAAACAUAAUUGGUGGAUAUAUUUACCUGGAUAAUGCAACAGUUGGCAAAAAUGGCACUACGGUUCUUGCUCCCCCAGAUGUACAGCAGCAGUAUUUGUCAAGUAUUCAACACCUCCUCGGAGACGGCCUGACGGAGCUGGUCAGUGUCAUCAAGCAGGCUGUACAGAGGAUUUUAGGAAGUGUUUCUCUUAAACAUUCCUUGUCCCUUUUGGACUUGGAGCAAAAACUAAAAGAAAUCAGGAUUCUUGUGGAGCAGCAUAAGUCUCCUUCUUGGACUGAUAAAGAUGUAUCCAGGUCCUCACUGUGCCAAUACAUGAUGCCAGAUGAAGAAACGCCAUUAGCAGCUCAGGCCUAUGGGCUUUCUCCAAGAGAUAUCACCACUAUUAAACUUCUCAAUGAGACAAGAGACAUGUUGGAAAGUCCAGAUUUUAGUACAGUUUUGAAUACCUGUUUAAACAGAGGGUUCAGUCGACUUCUAGACAACAUGGCAGAAUUUUUUCGGCCCACUGAACAGGAUCUGCAACAUGGUAACUCCAUAAAUAGUCUGUCCAGUGUUAGCCUGCCUUUAGCUAAGAUAAUUCCCAUAGUAAACGGACAGAUCCAUUCGGUGUGCAGUGAAACACCUAGUCAUUUUGUGCAGGACCUUUUGAUGAUGGAGCAAGUAAAAGACUUUGCUGCUAAUGUGUACGAAGCUUUUAGUACCCCCCAACAACUGGAGAAAUGAUUGUCUUUCUUCCUUUGAGAAAAGCUAGCACGGGAGUCAUCUACAUUAAAAAGUACUGAAGUCGCCUAUACCUGGAAUGACAAUUCGCAACCAAAAUGCCUAAUAAAGUAUGUUCUUAAGCAAAGUUAUUUCAUGAUGAAGUAGAUUCAUUUGGCACCUUACUGUAUCUUUAACUCAUCAGCAGUCUACUUCAUCAGGUGUAUCUAACUGGUGCACAGACUACAAACGUCAGGAUCAUCCAUGAUCUGUUACAACCUGGAUAGCAGAUCCAAACCAAAUAGAUAAUUUUAUACGUACAUGUGAUGGAAUGUGGUGUCCUUUCACACAUAAAAUGAGGGAAAAUCUGUCUUGAGAAGUAGAUCUAGGAUAUGUGGGCUCUGAAAAUAUAGUGCUUAACUAAUCAUGAAGUUCCCUGGAAUCUAAAGUAGGCGAGGGCAGCCGGACUCUCUCCAGUCAGUGAUUUGUCUUCACACACCUUGACAGAGGGCUAUCUUCUAGGAAUCAGUGGACUUUAAAACCUCUGGUCAGCUUUUUUUCUUUGCUAUUUUUUCUUCAAUAUUUAUUUACAGCGUUUUCUAAAGCUUUCUUAGCGCCCUCAACAUUUGCAGGUUAAUGUUGUGUUCAUGUUGUUUACUCACAAUUAUUAAUUACAGAGUUUUAUUCAUUUGUGUAUAAAUAAUUUUAAUAACUUUGUAUUGACUUUGAGUACAAUAACCUGUUGCAAUAAACUAUUUUAAUACAA